CUUGUUUACAACUUCAGUUCGUGUAGCAAUAAAAUUAUUUGUGUCGUUAGAUAGUUGCUCUCUUCCCUCAAAAUGGACAUGGAUAAUACGGAAACACUUACUGAAAAGCAAGUUGCUAAAAAUCGAAGCAAACAAAAACAGUAUCCGGAAUCUAACCUCAAUCAUGCAGUAGCCGCUGUGAAGUCAAAGAUGAUGACGUUGGGAAAAGCUGCUAGUCACUACGGCAUACCGAAAGGAACGCUUCAUUUUCGGCUAAGCUCCAAGUGGUCAGGAAAAAUUCCCCGUGGACCUAAACCAGUGCUUUCCCAGCACGAUGAGAACAAACUUGCGCAAUGGAUUAAGGAGAUGGAAAAACGAGGAUUCCCUUGCACGAAGGACGCUCUGUUUUCGAGAGUGAAGACGUUUUUGGACUCGACGAACCGGGACACAAUUUUUAAGGAUAACACUCCCGGUUAUAAGUGGUUGGAACUAUUCUUAAAACGUCGAGGAGUGAUCGAUGCAUUGUCUAUCCGGAAGCCCGAAAACAUAAGUCAUGCGGCUGCAACUGUCUGUGAAUCCGAUAUCAGGAAGUGGUUUCAAUUAAUUGGAGACUACGUCGCAAAGGAAAAUCUGUCAGAUAUCCUGAAAGACCCGCGGCGAAUUCUGAAUGGAGACGAAACGAUGUUCCUUUUCGAUCCAGAGACGAAGUCAGUUAUUGCAACGAAAGGAAAUCGAAAUGUGUACCUCGUUCAGAAAGCAGACCCAAAGAAGAAUAUUACGGUUUUGUUCACCUUUGAUGCUGAUGGGUAUAUGUUCCCGCCGGAUAUCAUCCUGCCGUACAAGCGUCUAUCGAAACAUAUUCUGAUGAGCAUGCAAUCCGAUUGGGGUGUUGGCAAAUCUGAGCGCGGCUGGAUGGACAGAGAAAAUUUCCAGGCUUACAUUCAGAACAUUCUGUAUCCAUCGUUAGUGCGCCGCAAUGUUCCGUUUCCGGUUAUCUUCUUUGUAGACGGCCACUCUUCCCACACUGGCAUUGAAGCAGCAGAGGCUUGUGCUACUUUGGGAAUAAUUUUAAUCGCAUUAUACCCGAAUGCAACGCACAUAAUGCAACCCUGUGAUGUUUCAAUAUUCAAGCCCCUUAAAAACCAGUGGACUAAGGUAAUCGACCAAUGGAAGAUGGAGAACGAUGGAAACACCUUCACGAUUGACCAUUUUGGAGGUGCCCUAGAUACUGCUAUCCGAACCGGAAUAAAACGGCUACUAUCCGCGCUGGAUUUCGUAGGUGUGGACUUUUCCCUUUGA